AUGGAAGGCAGGAAGACUCCCAGUGACAGCAAUCAGGCCCCAAAGCUCACGCGCGCGAGCACUCACAAGGCGCGGACAGGUUGUAUCACCUGCAAGCGGCGUCACAUCAAAUGCGACGAGGCCAGGCCGCAUUGCCUCAACUGCCGCAAUGGCAAGAGAGAGUGCGAGGGCUAUGCCACCACGGCGGCCAAGAGGGCGCGGGUUCCCGGUGCUAUGCAGACCUGCUGGAAUUCGCGGCCGGCCAGAGGUGCAAGGGAUUCAAGACCGUCCUCACCGAUCCAGUCUACGCCUCUCCAAGAGACCAAGUUGAUCCCUACGACACCUGACUUCCGAGAUGGCAGGUCAAGGCUCUACUUCUACGAGUUCGUCAGCCUGGUGCGAGGGCCAUGGAUGACUGCAUCCGCCGCCUCUGGGGCUGAGUUGUGGGAGGUCACCUUGCCGCAGCUCGCGCGCAGCAACGAGACGCUCCGGCACGCCGCCAUAGCCGUUGGCGCAAUGUCUCUUUGGAAUCGUCAGUCCAGGCUGGACGGGAGAAACCCUCGUGCGCCCUCUCCGCCCACGGCAUCCACCGUUGGGUCGACAACAGAGCCGGCGUCAGCAGAUGCGCGUUACUUUGAUGGCGUGGGCUACUACUGCCAUUCUCUCAAACUACAGAGCCGAAGCGGGUCGCUUCAGGAUGCCGUCUUGCUAUCGGUCCUCCUCCUCACCUUCGAAACGCUGCGGGCAGAUCGGCGGGCCGCCUUACAUCACGUCAACCACGGCCUGGCCCUGCUCCUCGCCAUCGCCACGGACCACGAUGGGGGACGGCUGGACCACUUGGCACCGAACCCAAGGCCGAUUCUCGAAUCAGUCGCCAGCGUGUUCACACAUCUAGCACCCCAGGCCCGCUCUAUUCUCAACGGCCGGAUCGGCCAGUGUCGGCCCCUGCCAAACUUUGCAGAGGCGCUGAGGGCCCAGAAGCAGACCAUGCAUUCGUUCACGGAGCUCGUCAGCCGGAUACCGCGCUGUUCUGCGGCCGUGGAGAACAUCCCCGCUGCCUUCAGCAGCCUCGAGGAAUUCGAGGAGCACUGGAUCGCAGCCCAGCACCGCCAAGCUGCCAUGGAGGCGAUGCUGGUUGAAACAGUGCAGACCUCAGGCGUGCUCAACACGACGAGCGACGCCGAGACUUUUAAGUUCUGGAUCGAGCUUAUGGAGAGCCCGAAAUUGUCGCAGUUCUGUGACCACACGUCGAAGCUGAUAGAGGCACUCGCGCCCGCAUUCGAGCCCCUCUUCAACAGCAUCAUCAUGUCUGACGAGGUCGGUUCCCGGAGAUACCUACGAGCUAUCCACCUCCGCCUGCAGUACCUGGGCACCUACGCGUUCGGGAGCCCCUCCAAAUACCUGGACUUUGAAGCACUGAAGGCACGGACGCCGCUGUUCAGGGAGUACCUGUCCCUCGUGGACCUGGCUCUGCGCGCGGCCAGGGGGGGAUCAGAUGAGCCGCCCGCGCACCAGCUGUCUUUCCACUGCGACCUGGCGUGGAACGUGUUCGUCAUAACCAUAUUCUGCCGCGACCCGCUGGUGCGCGACGAGGCCCUGUGCAGGCUGCGAGACUACCCCGGCCACGACGGGCUGUGGGAUGUCCGCGCCCUCUACACCCUGGCGAGGCGGAACCGGGACGUCGAGCUGGCGAAUUCCGUGGAGGGCACGCCGUUGCAGCAGUGGUGGCGGCUGUGGCGCCGCGAGUACGUCUUCGAGGAUGCCGGCGGCCGCGUCGUGUUUCGACACUUGGAGCGAGACGCGUCAACAGGGGAAUGGCAGCUGGUCGAGGAAGCGGCCGAGAUACGGGCAGAUUCUGACGAUGUUCGCUGGGAACGUCAGCCUUUGACGGGCGACGGCAAGCUACUCAUGGGCAGUCUAGUCACGUUUUGA